AUGCCAGUAACAAGCCGAAAGCAGAGGACUCGUCGCCUAGCCGCAGGCAAACAAUGGUCAACAGGAAGUUUCUCCAAUCCUCCACUGGUUCCUGCCUCAGAAACAGAAUCAAGUGAAAGCCAAGGAUCUGUCCCCAUGGAACAUGAUCAGAUUAGCCAUAUUGAUUUUGCUCAUUCCUCUAUUAUUGGUGAUCUCAGUGAUCUAUUCUCUUUUUGCCGCGAACAAAUUAAUACGAGGUUCCUCAGCACUCUCCUCUACACGACACUCCGUCGCUUUGGCCAUUCAUGGCGUGUGAUCGAUGACUUUCUCAAAGGAAUUGGUGCAAUGACGGCAAAAACAUCUCACAAAUGGGCUGAUGUGCUUGUAAACAAGGACUUCGUCGAGUUCACCAAUGAUUCUCGUGAUGGAAAGCGCGGUGACUCGGACGUCCGGAAUUGGAAGUCCGUCAAUUUGUCUACGAGCAGUGCUCCAAAAAUGAAGCUUCGUUUACUGUGA